AUGGUGACCACUUUACAACCGCUAAGUUUCCACACAGCAAAACUGAGCAUCUGCUCUUCCAAGGGCAAGAAAAACAAGAAGCAAAAACAAGUUAACCAAAAUCAAAGCAACAAUUCCCUCUCUUUCGCGAAAACAAUCCCAACCCCCCUCAUUAUCUACCAUAAACCCCAUUCCCAGACCAAGCUCCAAGCCCUCGACGCCGUCGUCAAUGACCUUGAAGCAGCCAUUGGUAAAGGCAUAAACGUCGAUACCGAAACUUUUGCUUCCCUGUUAGAAACAUGCUAUCAAUUUCAAGCCAUGGACUACGGUUUCCGAGUUCACCGUCUUAUCCCAAGAAGCGUUUUACGUAGAAAUGUAGGCAUCUCGUCGAAACUUCUUCGGCUCUAUGCUUCGCAUGGGUAUAUCGAGGAGGCUCACCAGGUGUUUGAUGAAAUGCCUAAGAGGGACGUGUCUGCUUUCGCCUGGAAUUCACUUAUCUCGGGGUAUGCAGAACUGGGUUUGUAUGAGGAUGCUAUGGCGCUAUACUUCCAAAUGGAGGAAGAGGGAGUUGAACCGGACCGGUUCACGUUCCCUCGUGUUUUGAAAGCUUGUGGGGGAAUAGGGUUCAUUCAAAUAGGUGAGGCUGUGCAUCGCCAUAUAGUGCGAUUGGGUUUAUUGAAUGAUAGGUUUGUGCUGAAUGCAUUGGUGGACAUGUAUGCCAAAUGUGGUGACAUUGUGAAGGCUCGGAAAGUGUUUGAUAAGAUUACUAGUCGAGACCACGUCUCUUGGAACACCAUGCUCACGAGUUAUAUGCGUCAUGGGCUUGUGUUGCAGGCUUUGGACAUCUUUCAUGAAAUGCUUCAUGAAGGGCACCAGGCAGACUCUGUUGCCAUAUCCACUAUCCUCGCAGCUGCAGAGUCAUCAUUGGAGCUUGUAAUUCAAAUCCAUGGGUGGGUAAUUCGGCAAGGAGUUGAGUGGAACUUGUCUAUUGCCAAUGCCUUGAUUGCAGCAUAUUCAAAUCAUCGCAAGUUGAAUCGAGCAAGGUGGUUGUUUUGUCAUAUGCCUGAGAGGGAUGUCAUAACAUGGAAUACUAUGAUUUCAGCUCAUUCUAAAAGCCCGGAAGCCUUGCUGUUUUUUGAGCAGAUGGAGAGUUCUGGUGCCUUGCCAGACAGUAUCACAUUCGUUUCAAUAUUAUCGGCUUGUGCCCAUUUAGGUUUGGUGAAGGAUGGUGAGAGAUUAUAUUCUGUCAUGAAAAAUAGAUAUAGAAUUAGCCCAAUUAUGGAACAUUAUGCUUGUAUGGUGAAUCUUUACGGAAGGGCAGGUCAAAUCAGAGAAGCUUAUGGUAUCAUAGUGGAUGGAAUGGAGUUCGAGGCUGGGCCAACUGUGUGGGGUGCAUUACUGUAUGCUUGCUACCUUCAUGGCAAUGUAGAUAUUGGAGAGGUUGCAGCUGAAAGGCUUUUUGAGCUGGAGCCUGAUAAUGAAUACAAUUUUGAGCUUUUAAUGAAGAUUUAUGGCAAUGUGGGUAGAUUGGAAGAUGUGGAGAGAGUGAGAUUGAUGAUGGCAGAGAGAGGAUUGGACUAA